AUGAAAUUUUUUCUAUCCUAGAUUUUUAAAAUUUAUUUUAUUUCAAAAAAAAUGAUAUGUUAUGCUUUCUAAAAAUUAGCUUUAUUUAUAAUGUUAUUUAGAUAUAAUUUAGAUAGGUAUUUCACUAUUGUUAAUUAGGAGGAAAAAAUGAAGAAAAAAUAUGAAAUAAUAAGAUUAAUUAAUAAUUAAUAAAAUUAACAAAGAAUUAAAAAAUAUGAAAUCAUAAUAAAAAGAAAAAGGAAAACAAAUCAAAUAAAUUAAAAGAACUUUAAUGUUUUAAAUUAACUAUUAUAAUUAAAAAUAUUAUAAUAUAAAACAAAAAAAUAGCUUUUAUUAAGUGUAAGUUUUAAUAGCAAAAAUGAAGAAAAAAUAUCAAAUAAUAAAAAAUGA